AUGGCGCCGGCUCUCUCGGUAGUCGCAGUUUGGCGAGCAGUCGAGUUUCUGUUGCGCUUGAAUUAUCAGCGUUUCGAGGGAGCGCUGUCUGAACGAUACGCAUGCUUGGAGGCUGCUGCGUCAGUAAUCGAAAUACGUACUGUGGCUCUUCGUUCGCUCGAUGGGUCGUACGCGAAAACCUCGUCCGAGGUAAGCCCAAGAGCACCGGAGAGGACGCGGCUUCUGCAGGUACGCAUCUUUGAACACGCCGCUCGAUCGAUGCAGCAACGGCUUCGAACUGGAGACCGUGCCCGUGACACUCUCGGAGUGGUGCUGCUGGUGCACGGCCUAUCGCCUUCGGGAAACCGGGAUGCGCGCAUGGAGGCGGUUGCGCGAGCUUUGGCGAGUCUGGGGUUUACUGCAGUUAUCCCCGACUUUGUCGAGUUUCGAGAGUGUCGUAUGGGCCAGCAAACACUCGAUGAAAUCGCUUGGGCAGUCGUCGCCGUUGCGAAGGCUUUCCAUCAGGAAUCUAUUAGUUUGUUCGCGGCAUGCGUCGCGGCAGGUUAUACGCUUUGCGCUGUUUUGGGUAGUGGCGAACACAUCCGACAACGGGUUCGAACGAUCAUGUGCAUUGGCCCGUACGCCGAAGUUGAAGCGAUGGUCUGGUGCGCCAUGUCCAGCGACUCUGCCGAUGACUACGGUCGGAAUGCGAUCUUCUACAAUUUUCUUCAGUAUUCUUCGCUGAUCUCGGAAAUCGAGCAUGCAGGUAACGCAGCCAACGGACAUGGAUGGAUGUCGCAGCUACUCCAUGCGCUUCGUCUCGCUUUGGAAGACUCGCAUUUCCUCCGAGGGAGCACGGAGGCAGCGAUGCUACCCAAGUAUUUCAAAGAGCUGCGGGAUCGGGUACCACAUAGUUUCGACACUGCAAACGACGCUUCUGAAGAUGCUUCGAGUACGAGGACAAGUCACGUUCAGAGAGUUUUCGAACGGUUCCAACUUGACAAAGAGUUUCGAGAGCUGCACACGAAGGCGAUGCUCUCGCAUCCGGCAGUGCAAAAGUUGAUCGCGUCCUGCCAACCGAUACGAGUCGUUUCCCGGGAACCUAUCGAUUUUCCCAUCCUUCUUUUGCACGGCGAAUGUGAUAAUAUUGUUCCCUGUCGGGAAAGCCGCAGGCUUUUCUGCGCUAUGAUGCACAACAAGCUCUGUACGGUGAAGCCCCUUAUUGAGAUAACCUCGCUCCUCAAUCACGGCGACCGCCAGCGUCUGAACUGGUUCACAGACACGCCGCAAAUUAUCCGCCUUAUUCGUCUGUUUGCGCAGUUUUUCACCUGGGCUGCACAGCCGCGAAUUUCUGUUCCGCAGUCGCAUUCGAGCUCUGCGAAGAACCGUACAGAGUCACGUUUGCUGCAACCGCGCAUCAUCCGAUCGCGUUGA